AUGGCAGCAGCAGCAGCUACUCAAAGCAUGCCUGCAGUCCCCUCCUACCAGCGUGUGGAGCCAGGAUCAGUCAACAUCCCCGUCGCCGAUCUCUCAGCCAUCGAGGCAUCCAAGCCAGAAGACGAAGAUGUCGACAGAACCACCGAAGAAUGGGUAUCCUCCUUCAAAAAGUCAAUCCAAAGUCCCAGUCUCGCUGGUCUCGAAGAGCUCUUCCUGCCAGAGGCUCACUGGCGCGACCAUCUCUGCCUCUCAUGGGAUUAUCACACUUUCAAAGGUCCUGAGCAAGCAAAGGCCUUCUUGAAGAAGGGAUGCAGAUUAAAAAGCGUAGCCGUCGACAGGACCACUGCUUUCAGAUCUCCCACUGCCACCGUGUUUGGUGGCAAGGGACAGAUCCCAGGUAUCCAGACUUUCUUGAAAGUCGAGUCGGACGUUGGACGAGGCCUUGGUGUUGCAAGAUUGGUGCAGCAGGGUAGCAAGUUGAAGGCUUUAUCCCUCUUCACCUCCAUGCGGGAGCUACAGGGUCAUGAAGAGGCUAUCUUCAGUCGUCGCCCAGAGGGUGUUGCGCAUGGAGGCCAGCCCGGAAGGAAGAACUGGGCUGAGCGUCGCACUAGCGAGGAAAAUUUCGAAGACAGCGACCCCACUGUCCUGAUCCUUGGCGCUGGUCAAGGUGGUCUUACCUCAGCGGCUCGUUUGAAGAUGCUUGGCAUCAAAGCUCUCAUAAUGGACCAAAAUCCCCGGAUUGGAGAUAACUGGCGUAAUCGAUACCAUCAGCUUGUUCUUCACGAUCCAGUUUGGUACGACCAUAUGCCAUAUGUCGAUUUCCCACCUCAUUGGCCAAUAUUCACACCAAAAGACAAACUGGCCGAAUUUUUCGAGAUUUAUGCCAAAUUGAUAGAGCUGAACGUCUGGACAUCAACUACGAUCAAAGAGAGCAAGUGGGACGCAUCGAAGAAGCAAUGGAGCAUCCUUGUUGAGCGUGAGAAACAGUCUGGCAUUAUGGAAACCAGAGUCCUCCACCCCAAUCACAUCAUCCAAGCCACUGGUCACUCUGGCGAGAUGAACUUCCCCUCUCACAUCUCUGGAAUCUCAGACUUCAAGGGUGAUCGCCUCUGUCACUCGUCCGAGUUCACAGGCGCCAAGUUGAACGGCAAUGGAAAGAAAGCUAUCGUCGUCGGAUGCUGCAACUCUGGACACGAUAUUGCUCAAGAUUACUUUGAAAAUGGUUAUGAUGUGACCAUGGUGCAGCGAUCGUCCACUUGCGUAAUCUCAUCUGAAUCUCUCCUGAAGAUCGGACUCGCAGGACUCUACGAAGAAACAGCUCCCCCUGUCGAGGACGCAGAUGUCAUAUUCUGGUCCAUUCCUGCCUCUGUUCUCAAGAGUAUUCAUGUCGAUAUUACAGCCACGCAAAAUAAGCACGACGAGAAGCUCCUCACAGGUCUCGAGAAAGCCGGCUUCAAGCUCGACCAAGGUCCUGAUGAUGCCGGUCUGUUCAUGAAGUAUUUCCAGCGUGGAGGCGGGUACUACAUCGACGUGGGCGCUUCUCAGCUCAUCAUCGACGGCAAGAUCAAGAUCAAACAAGGCCAAGAAAUAGACGAAGUCCGAUCCCAUGGCCUCAAGUUCGCAGAUGGCUCUGAACUGCCUGCCGACGAAGUCAUCUUCGCCACCGGAUACAAGAAUAUGCGAACUAAGGCUCGAGCUAUCUUUGGAGACGAGCUGGCUGAGCAGGUCAAUGAUGUCUGGGGCUUCGAUGAAGAGGGUGAGCUGAGGACUAUAUGGAGAAAGAGUGGCCAUCCAGGGUUCUGGUUCUUCGGUGGGAAUCUUGCCCUAUGCCGGUACUGGUCGAGGAUGAUCGCUUUGCAAAUCAAGGCGUUGGAGGAGGGGAUUUGCGAGUAUGGCGAUCGUUGA